AGUUUUAAUAAAUCUCAGAGUCUGCAGUUUUUCGAUUGCAAUGCAGUGGAAGUCAAGAGUAAGUUUGGGGUUGAGUUUCGAAGAUUUUCUUUGGCCCGUUACAAACCUGGAAAGUUUGAAGAUUUCUACAAGCUUAUCCUUCACAUCCAUCACAUCUCGAACAUGGAUGUGAUGAUUGGGUAUGCUGAUAUGCACGGUGACCUACUGCCCAUCAAUAAUGAUAAUUUCUUCAAGGCUGUCUCAAGUGUAAAUCCAUUGCUCAGAGUCUUCAUUCAAAAACAAGAAGAAGUAGACUUCUGUAACUUUGGGACCAGCACAUUAACUAGGAAGAAGAAGGUCCUGGUUACCCUUCAUAACAAUAACCUCUGCCAGAGCCCUUACCUCAACAUCAGCAUGCCCCAUGACUUCCCACCGGUAUCUUCUAUCAUUGAUGUGGACAUCCUUCCUGAAACCCACAGGAGGGUCCGACUGUACCCGCAUGGGUGUGAAAGGCCACUUGGGUUUUAUAUCCGUGAUGGGACCAGUGUGCAGCUGACGUCCCAAGGCCUUGAGAAAGUCCCGAGCAUCUUCAUUUCCCACAUGGUCCCUGGAGGCCUGCUGCUGGCUGUGAAUGAUGAAGUCUUAGAACUGAAUGGGAUUGAAGUGGCCAGCAAAACCCUUGACCAAGUCACAGACAUGAUGAUUGCCAACAGCCAUAAUCUCAUUAUUACUGUUAAACCAGCCAACCAAAGGAACAAUAUUAUUCGUAGCAGCCGGAUGUCUGGUAGCUCAGGCCAGUCAGCAGACAGUACAGCCAGUCACCACCCAUGGAGUGGAGGCCAUCCAUGGCACCAGAGUGGAGGCUGUCAAGUGGAGGCUGUCCAUGGCACCAGACAGGAGGCCAUCCCUGGCACCGGAGUGGAGGCCGUCCAGGGCACCAUAGAAUUAUUGUCAAGGACAAAGACAUCAAAUUAGGUUAUCUAGCCUUCCUCCCCUAUCUGACAGGGCCUGAGUCACAAACCCCAGGUUGUUAGUGCCAACUUAACUCCUCUCUCUUUGCUUCUCUCUUUCAACUGCAAAAGCUAAUUGCAUUC